AUGCCUCGCGCAGUUAGAGAAGCAAAGAUACUCUUGGCUCCUAUGGAGCUCUACCGUCAAAUUCUCCGGGUUCAUCGUUGCCUCCCUCCUGCAAUGCGUAGUCUCGGUGACGAUUAUGUCAAGGCUGAAUUUAGACGCCACAAGGAUGUAGACAAUCCAGUACAUCUCAUCGGCUUUGUUUCGCAGUGGCAAGAUUUUAACGUUCCCAAGGAUGGUUGGGGAAAGAAGAUGGACUCUGAAUUGUAUGAGAAAAUGAGUGAUGAGCAAAUUGGUCAGCUAUAUGAAUUGCGAAAUGAAUUGAAGCCAGGAAGUGGUGAAAAGGCUUAA